UAACUUUGUUUAUUAUCUGUUAUAGGCAGCAGUUUCUGCCUAUGUGCUUGGUGUUUGAUUUCUCACUCAAUGACCUUCUAGCCCCACAGAAACAGAAGACUAUCACUGUUCUCAGUGCAAUCUUGAACUUUCUUCACUUCAGGAAGCAGAGAAUGGAAAUGGUCUUGGAGAAGCAGGCCAAAUAUAGGGCAGACAUGGACAGGCUGCAGGCCUACACAAGAGGCAACAAAGAAGCUGAGAAAAAGAUCAAGGCGCUGACUACCAUCCCACCGGAGCAGCAGGCUGAGGCAGAGGAGCUGGCGGCCGCGCUGUCUGAGCUGCAGGCCACCACCAUGCACGAGUACCAGGAAGUGAAUGUGAAGAAUGACUGCAUCGCUGAGUGGAAAACCAAAAUUGCAGAGAAGUCUCAGAAGCUGGCCCAGGUGAAAGUGGACGUGAGCAACAUGAAGGAGGACAUCGGCAAACUCAAGUCUCAGAUCGUGGAGUCUCCAGAGGAACUGAAGAGUCAGAUGGAGAAGAUGAGGGAGAACGUCAAGAAUGUCAAGAACUCCAUCAAAGAAACAGACGAGCGUGUGGUGGAGCUGCAGAACAUGGUGCAGGGUGUGACUCAUACUGAGGCUGAGAUCCAGCAGAUGUACAACCUGCUGCAGGACCUGGAGAGCAGCAUGAGCAACACCAAGCAGAGACACGAGAUGCAACAAGACUUGACUGCUCAGUAUGAGAAGAAGCAGAAGGAGCUGAAAAACCUGUGUGUGGAGGAAGCUCAGAUGAAGCGCGCUCAGGGAAUGAAGCUGGACAAAGAGUCCAAACAAAAUAUCCGGAGACAGAUGAAGAAAGAGACGAUGGAACAGCAUGUUCAGGAUGUUAUGGGGCAGUGUAACCAAAUCCAUCAGAAGCGUGAAGAAAUGGCUGAAAAAAUCCAAGAGAUCUCCAGAGAGACGCAGCAGCUGAAGGCCAAGAUCCAGAGCCUGAGAGACGUCUGCAGCAAAGAGACGGAGAAGGCUCAGGCUCUGUACGAUACUCUGUCCAAUUCAAUGGAUGAUUUACACGGAAGAAUCGACACCCACAUCGUGGACCUGAAGCAGGAUGUUGUCAGGAUGUCUGCAAACUUUUAAAUAGAUCCUCUUUCAACACCCAUUUAUGUUUAAUUCUACAAGUCAUUUUCAUCAUUUCUAUUCUUGUUACUGCAUAUCUGUCAUGUUUUACUGUUCUGACCUUUCUGAUGUACAUAGUAUCCAUGAUUUAACCUUACAUGUCUUAUUUUCAAUAUUUGUAAGACAACUUCAACUUGUAGUUUGAGUGCUCAACCAUACUUUGUUGUACGUUGGAACUGUGUAAUAUGUAAAUGUUUUGUGAACUGUUUCAAAAAAACACCCCAAAUGUAA